CUACCCUCAAACAACAGUCAACAGGAUGAGCAGCAGCAAGUGGGAACGGAUCUGAAAUGGUCUUGGAGGUGCUGAUGGGACUCCAUUUUCUAAAUUGGCUUGCUACACUAAGAACAAUGAAAAGUAAUUUGUUCUUUCUGUGUCUCGCCCCUAUGCUGUUGCGUGCUGCUGCACAGUCCUGUUCCAGCUACUGCACCUGUGGUGAUGAUCUGGCUAACUGUAAGUCUGUGCCUUCACUACAGGCAGUAUUUACAGAUUUACCAUCGUCCAUGGCCAUGGUUCUGCUUCAGGGGGGAUCAAUCACAACGAUUGAACCAGAGGCUUUCCAGAACUUCUCCAAACUGCGCUACCUGUCCGUCACUGAUUUCAGACUCUCAAUUUCCAGCUAUGCCUUUGCUCCACCAGUGGGCAACCAGAGCAGACUACAGACACUGGAUCUCUCCAAAAAUAGCCUACUCAGUUGUAACAUCGAUAGCUUGGGCUUUGCAGGCCUCUUAAAUCUGAUGGAGCUCAAUCUGUUCCAAAAUUUGCUUGAUGUGCUCAAUACCCUGUGGUUCUCAGAGCUGCCUUCACUUCAGAGAUUAAAUAUUCAGCUUAAUAAGAUUUCCUAUCUCCCACCACGCAUAUUUCAAACACUGAGUCUGCUGAACAAACUCAAUGCAUCCUCAAAUUUCAUCCAGUACCUAUCCACAGACACAUUCCUUGGCCUGAAUGCCCUCUCCAGCUUGGAUUUGUCCAACAAUAGGCUCCUUUUCAUUUCCAAGGAUGCAUUUAAGCCACUACAAAGGCUGAACCACCUAUUUAUAAAUGACAAUCAACUGGUGACAUUGGCCAAGGGGCCGGCAUCAUUGCAGAAGAUACAGUUGCAAGGCAACCCCUGGGACUGCAGCUGCCAGUUGGAGAUGUUGCUCAUUUCAUUGAGGGAUGCCGUGCAGGAUCCAGGGAGCCUGGUCUGUGGGAGCCCAGAGUCACUGAAGGGAAAACUCAUCCUGAAUCCAGAUUCCAGUUAUUGCUCAUCCAUAUCCCCGGCACCAGAAACCCCAGCCUUGCACAUCGUUCCUGUCCUUAAUGCUCAAGCUGUGGUUUAUGGAUUUAUUGGGGGGAUUUUACUGGCAGGUGCCAUCUGUCUAGCUACCUGCUUGGGUAGAAGAUCCUGGAGAAAGGGAACCAUGAGGAGUCUCGAGAUUCACAACAGUGAGGCAAAAGGAAAAUUAGAAACAAGAGAAUCAAAUGAAGCUCUGACAGAAUUGGAUGCCAGCAAGCUGAAGGGUGUUCCCAUGAUUACUUCACAUCAGACUAUCAAUGUGUUGCAAAAUAUUAAGGAUAUCCAAGUAGAACAAAGGGAUGAACUCUUAAAGACUUCCACAGAAUCAUGGACUGCUAUGAAGAUGGAAAAUAACAUUGAGAAGAGAAAGGGAAUGCGACCUUGUAAAACAUCACCCAGUUCUCUUUAUGCAGCUAAUAUUGCACACACAAAAAAUGAAAAGACUGCAAGUCUAAACAGUACAGUCAUCAAUGAAGGAAAAACAGGGAGCCAGGAAAGCACUGAAAGAGAGAAAAAAUCAAUUUGUUCUGCCGCCACCAGUAGCUCAUUUCACAAUCUGCAGUUAACAAAAAAAGAUGAACUGAUCACUUUAAGAACCCUCCGAUCACUGAAUGUUAAGACAGCACCUAAUACCAUCUCAGCAUCUGUGCAAGAUUUGUCCAGCAUGUGCAAGGAAAUGUCCAAUGUGGCAGUUCCACAUUUACUGCCUGGGGAUACUCAAACUCACAUGAGAUUACAAACUUCUUUGCAAAGUAACUCUAAAUGCAAACUUCAAGAGAAAUUACAGGAUGAUAAUGUGUCAAAGGAAGAGGGAACUACUUUUCAAGCAUCCAAGUCUUCAAAUGAACCUAAAAUUGAUACCUUGCAGUUAUUGGAGAUAGAUGGAAAACUCAGAGAUAAACUGCCUGACCAUCGAGAGAUAUUAUCCAGAAACAUUCAGAAUGUUUCAAACAUUAGUGUACAGCCUCCCACCUGUCUAACAACCAGUUAUCACGGACUUUCUGAAACUUCACAUCAGCAGGCUAGUCAUCACUAUGACCAACUAAGAUUGAAUGCCUCUCAAAGUCCCAGUUUACAACAUCACCGUGAAAGCUCUCCAUUCACAAAUCAACCCAAGCCAGUACUUGAUGCAGACUUCAAUGAAUCUAAUACUGCUAAAGUGGCAAAGAAUAAUACAUCAUUUAUGUUCACAGCAUAUACCACCCCUCUCGAUGAGCAUGAACUUACAAGACACCAUUCUCCUUGCAAGCAAAAGUUUACAAUAAAUAUGUCAGAACAUGAGUUUAAUGAAAUAGAAACACUUUGCAGAGAAGAUUCAACUUUCAGUGGUAACAAUCAGUUGCUUGAUGGAAAUAGUUUUGAGUUAAAUAAUAACCUCCCUAAAGAAUCUAUAUUAUUAGGAGGUAGUUCUGCUGGAAUGGUAUAUAAUGAUAUAGCAGUCAGCAAUGUUUUAGAGGAUAAAGUGAGCCAAUCUGGAUCAGCCAGUACCUCUUUCAGCAGGUCAUUUGCAUGGAGUGUACAAAGUCAACACAACUGGAGUCAAAGUCCCACAAUGGUUGAUUCAGCUUCAGAACAUUCUGAAAUAAACCACUCACAAAAGUUCACUUCAAACAUUAGUACACCUAAACAAUCGAGCACCAGAAUAACAGACAAGGAGAAUAACCUGGAUGUGGAAAAAUGGACUAAUAGAUCUGUGACAUCCUUCAAAAAAAGAUUUUCCAGAAACAUUGCCUCAACAGAUGGGAAAUCCAACUUGGAGCCACAGCGAUACAUUCAAUGUCCAGUCAUUAGACAGUCACAGAAAUUGUUGAAUAAGAAUGAUGUAAGAGAAAAGAUGAACUCUGAUCUUUAUAAAGAACAUUUUGGUGAUACAAACCAUUCCAAGAAAAUGUACAAAUCAGUUUUUAAAUUAAUUGAUGAAAUGCAAUUACCACCUUCAUUAGCGAAAGUUCAGAAUAAAGCAUUGCAAGAUGAACCACUUUUUGACAUGGAGAUGAGCAGGGAUAAGUCUCAUCUCCACAAUGUUUUGAUUCCACUCUCCAUAGCCAAAAAUAUUAAAGCUGUACAGCAAUUCAAAUCUUCUGAUCCUGCACCUGAUUUGACUCACUUAAGUUCAUUGUAUAGUCGGUGGUAUUAUAAAAGAGAAUUUGGAUAUAAACUUGGGAAACAAAUUCAAACUGUUGGACCUGAAGGAUCUGAUUUAAACCCAAUACCACAUUUUCACCGUGAGAAGAGUUUUAGCAGACCAGCUGACAAUCAAACAUGCACUGAGCAUGAUAUCAGAGCCUGGAAGGAUUUCCAUUCACCCAAGCAAUUUGUAAAGCUUCAUCCACCCAUGCGAAAAGAGCUUUUAGCUGAUGACGAAUUAACUGUCAUUAACUUAUUUCAUAAUCUCAAGCAAUCAGCAUUUUUUUGAAUAAGUCACAAAUUCACUUCAGUGAAUUAACAGUUUUAAUUUGGUAAGAUUAUCCAUAAGCUUUGCAUGUUUCAAUGCUUAAUUAUGGACAGUAUAAAGAUGAGUGCACUCUUCCCAUCCAAAGAAACCUCUCAUUCAAUUAUCUUUGCAAGAUUUCCAUCAGUAGAGAAGUGUAAUCAGUGAAGUAAUUUCAUGAAUGUAUCAAACAACAGCUGACAUUCUCUCACAAUCAGGAUAUCUUGUCUUCUCUUAUCAUCCACUAAUUGGACAAACCUGUUCAAGGUGGUAAGGUACAGUCAGAAAGCAGCAGCCCUAGGGAUCCUCAACAUUGACCCCAUUCCAAUAAAUCAAAAUAAGAAAAUCACCUGCAAGUUAUAGUUCCUGUCAUAUCACAGCUGACACAUCAGUAAUCUCAGAGGAACACCAUUUGGAAGAACCUUUGAGUGUGCUUUGGAUAAGGAACUGCAAUGCCAACUGUGGGAUGCUGGCAUUAGUAGCUUUGUUGACUACAUGUAGAAGAACAUAAUUGGAAAGAGAACAAAUGGGGAAAUCAACUUGACUUCAUUCCCAUGGAUCUACCAAUCAUGGAUCCUACCUGUGGCCAUCAAACUUUACAACUCCUCCCUCGGAGUGUCAGACACCCUGAGCCAAUAGGCUGGUCCUGGACUUAUUUCUGCUUGGCAUGAUUAGCUUAUUAUUAUUUAAUUAAUUAUGGUUUUAUAUUGCUAUAUUUCUUCACUAUUCUUGGUUGGUGCGGCUGUAACAAUUUCCCUCGGGAUCAAUUAAGUAUGUCUGGCUGUCUAUCCGUCACAACUACCCCAAAAAGACUUGUAAGUGUGGAAAUUGCACAGUCUGCUUGGAAAUAAAAUUUCCCCUCUCUAUAACUUA